AAGCGCAGUGCACCCAGCUGUGGGCAAGGACCCAGACACCCUGGUGCUGAGUUGAGAGGCUGAAGUCCAGAAGAGCUAAAGAAGGACAAAUAAAGCCAUGAUAUUUCCAUGGAAAUGUCAGAGCUCUCAGAGGGGCUCAUGGAAUAUCUUCAAGUUGUGGGUCUGGACAGUGCUAUGUUGUGAUUUCCUUGCACGUCAUGGAACCAACAGCUGGAUUUACCACUAUUCUGAAGAAUCCAUGAACUGGGGGAGGGCUAGAAGGUACUGCCAAGAAAGUUACACAGAUUUAGUUGCCAUACAAAACAAGGGGGAAAUUGAGUACCUGGAGAGGACACUUCCCUUCAGCCAAACUUACUACUGGAUAGGAAUCCGGAAAGUAGGGGGAAUAUGGACUUGGGUGGGAACCAACAAGUCUCUUACCAAAGAAGCGGAGAACUGGGGAGAUGGAGAGCCUAACAACAAGAAGUCCAAAGAGGACUGUGUGGAGAUCUACAUCAAGAGGAACAAAGAUGCAGGAAAGUGGAAUGAUGACUCCUGCUACAAAAAGAAGAGAGCCCUCUGUUACACAGCUUCUUGUCAGCCCUGGUCAUGUGGCAGCCAUGGAGAAUGUGUGGAAACCAUCAAUAAUUACACCUGCAACUGUGAUGUGGGCUACUACGGGCCCCAGUGUCAAUUUGUGAUUCAGUGUGAGCCUUUGGAAGCCCCUGAUUUGGGGAGCAUGGACUGUAGUCACCCCUUAGGGAACUUCAGCUUUAUUUCCACAUGCACCUUCAACUGCUCUGAGGGAACAGACCUCAUUGGGAUUGAGGAAACCACUUGUGGACCUUUGGGAACCUGGUCAUCUCAAGAACCAACCUGUGAAAUGAUUCAAUGUGAGCCUUUGGAGGCCCCUGAUUUGGGGACCAUGGAGUGUAGUCACCCCUUGGGAAACUUCAGCUUUACCUCCACAUGCACCUUCGAAUGCUCAGAAGAAACGGAGUUAAUCGGGGAGAGGAAAACUAUUUGUGGAUCAUCUGGAAUCUGGUCAAGCCCUAGUCCAAAAUGUCAAAAAGUGGACAGGAGUUUCUCAACGAUCAAGAACGGCGACUAUAACCCUGUCUUCAUUCCGGUGGCAGUCAUGGUUACUGCUUUUGCUGGGCUGGCAUUUAUCAUUUGGCUGGCGAGAAGAUUAAAGAAAGGUAAACAGUCCCAGAAAAGCAAAAAUGAUCCAUAUUAAAGCAGCCUCUGUGAAAAAAAAUUCUUGGGAUACUAAAGUGUCACUGGAUCCUUCAAAUCCCUCCCUGAAAAGUAUCACAUGGUGGUGUCUCCGAUAUUGA